AUGACAACCAAGGUUAAAAUGAAAAGAGCUAAGAAUGAAGAAACUUUUAGUUCAUCUGAAGAAGAUGAAGAAUUUAUUUUAGAUGAUGUUUCUGACAUGGAGUGUGAAAUUGGGGAAGAGGAAGCAAAAUAUAGGUUUUCUACUGGACUCUUAUCUGAAGAUACCUUGGGCGAACAAUGGAUUCAGUGCUCAAAGUGUUUUAAGUGGGCUCACACCGACUGCACCAAUGUAGAUAAAAAAGACACAUAUAUUAUUUGUGAUUUUUGCCUCGAUGGCUAA